ACCAAUUUAAAUUUUCGCGGUUUCUGGUAACCCGUCGACUCUAUACGACUUGGAGAGACUGUGACAUCAUCACCAUGAUCCCUGGCUACGUAUGGCAAAGAUGGCGGACGGUGACAACGCCGGAAGAGCCCAUAGGCGACGCCUACGCUCAGAUAAUCGUAAUGCCCAAACCUACCAAGCGAUAUUGGAAAGGUUAGACUCCAGUGACAUAAGCAGUGCUGAUGAUGACGAUGAUGACUGGGUACCUGAGGCAGUAUCUUCCAGAGGAAACAUUUUAUCCUCGAGUGAUGAUUCGUCUUCUGAAGAUGAAGAUGAAAAUGCAACUGUGCAGGUUCCUAAUGUAACCUCGUCUAAUUCCCAGGGAAGGCGUUCCUUUUAUUUGAGGGACAUAGAUUUUCGAGACACUUUCAUCAGUGAUGAACCAGAGAAGAAUGGUGAUGGCAGAUCUUUUAGACCAAUCGACUACUUCAGGAGUUAUAUGAACAUGGACUUCAUAGAACACAUUGCUUUAUGUACCAAUAUGAAAGCUACUGAAACCACAGGGUCAUCCUUGGGAACCAGUGGAGAGGAAAAUUGCAGUGUUUCAUAG